AUGGGACUACCUGAGACUUUCAAGAACAACGAUAAAGAUACAUUUGGUGCGUACACCGCCAGUUCGAGAUGGCCCACGAUCGUAGCCAACGCGAUCGACGAUCUCGAAGCAGAAUUAAGCACUUUGGAAGCCGAUUCUCAACGUUUCAAAGCCGGGAAAGACAUUCAAGCGCAAUUGAGCCUGUUGAAGCAAGAAAUUGCAACCGAUAAGCCUAUUAGACCCUUUACAGCAGAGGAAAUCCAAGUCGCGCAAGUUCCAGGGUCUUUCAAUGACGUUAUCACUUCUACCCCGCAAACGUGGCAAACCGGUGGUUGGUUGUUCUGCGAAGUGUAUCUUUACCGCCGCAUCAAUGUGCUAUUCCGUAAUUGCAAUUCUUGGGCUCAAUUCGAUAUUUUCAACCGCCUCAAACAGUCUACUUUUCAGAACUCUAUGAUCGGCGUCGUGGAGCUAGCUACCCGCUAUCGUAAGCUAGAAUCUCAGCUACAGGAUGCAAACCCACAGGCUCUCGAAAUUUUGUUCAAGGAAUUCAUUGAAAUAUCGCUGUGGGGUAACGCCACAGAUUUGUCCCUUUUGACCAACGCAACUCUCGAGGAUAUCAAAUCUCUGCAAGGUGAAGAGGCCAGAAAGGCUUCUGAAUCCAAAAUCUUGAUCAAUGACACUUCAAAGGCUUGGGACCAGUUGACGUCUUCCAAGAGCAAGCAGGUCGAUUUUGUUCUCGACAACUCUGGAUUCGAGGUCUACGCAGACUUGAUGUUGGCGCUUUUCCUCCUAGAUACCGGUAUCGCCACCAAAUGUGUGUUUCACGCUAAGGAUAUCCCCUACAUGGUGAGCGAUUGUAUGAUCAAGGACUUUGAAGUAUUAGUGGAAGACAUGAACUCUGCUGAUUUCUUCGAUUUGACUCAAUUGAAAGACGAGGCUCAAAACGGCCGCGAGUCUCUCGAUUUUCUCGUAAGGACACUCAAACAACAUGUUGCUUCAGGUCAGCUAACGUUCACAGAAACCCCCUUCUGGACUCUAGAUCUGGACUACACUCACAUUGAUCCAUCCGAGACCAAGUAUGGCGGUGCCCAAGUCCACAAAGACCUUUUACAAAGCGAUUUGGUGAUUUUUAAAGGCGAUUUGAACUACCGUAAACUGACUGGUGACAGAAAAUGGCCUCGUACUACAAAGUGGGAGACUGCCAUUGGCUCAUUGGCAUCUACUGGUCUCAAGACUUUGAGUUUGAGGACAUGUAAGGCCGACGUCAUUGUUGGACUUGCCCCAGGCGUUGACGAAAAGCUAUGCUCCGUUUGGGAGUCAGAGAAAAAGACUGAGCCUGGAUCCUGGUGGUCGUCAAGCGGUAAAUACGCCGUUAUUUGUUACUGCGAUGGCCAUCAGUACUAG